UGAAAGGGGUAGCGCGGAGUGGAUUUAGGGACGAUCUAGUUUCCGUGCGACGCCGCUGCAAGCAAGAAGACCCGCGCACACAAUAAAAAAAAAAUUUAAAAAUAAAAAAAUAGUCGCACACAGGAGAGGGGAACCAUUUCUUCACAUGGGGCUGCUUGUGUAUACACACGAUUUUCUAACCGUGCACGGAUUAAGAUUAGGAUUACAUGUUCGUGCGGGGAUAAUUAGCUGGAUUGGAUAAGCUCUUCUACCAUUUUAAAACCUCAGACUGUGACACAACGAGAAGCGAGAAGUACAGCGCCAGUGUGGCUGGACUGAUACGACCGAGUUAGCCUCGAGCAAGCCCCUCUAGCAGACGACUCAUGUGCUCAGCAGACGGCAGACGUCCGCCGGCCGAUGACCAAUGUUAACAUGACCCCGGGGUCGGGGUGGACCGACCCUCCUACAACGCUUGACGUCAUGAUGUCACUGACGUCACAUAGAUACCGCGAAGACACAUGAGACCGAACGGUCAAUGAACAACAGCAAAUUACCACCAAGCAAUUAACAACUUGACACACGGAUAUAAUUUUAAUUAAGUGAGCGGCGAGCCAAGACAACCGUUCAUACAUCCAAACCAUCGACAUCAGGACAUGAAUGGUUGGUCCCCGUCAUGACGUCACUGCUGGCCUGGCUCCUCGUCGCUAUGCUCGGGGCGUCCAUCGAGGGCGCCGAGCUCUACUCCGCCCUCGGCGCCCGUGACGACGACGACCCGGACAACAAAACCCAGACCCAGGCGCCCGCCUGCCCCAAAAUGUGCUCCUGCGCCCUCCAGGUCUUCCCGGAACUGGACACCCCCCGCCCCCUCCUGGUGGUCAACUGCUCGAGGUCGGGGCUGGUGGAGUUCCCGGCGCUGCUGCCCAGCGGGACACAGGUGCUGGACCUGUCCCACAACAAGCUGCAGAACCUCAGCUACCUGCCCCAGCUGCCCGAGCUGCUGGCCCUCGACGUCUCCAGCAACUGGAUGAAGCAGCUGGACAACCACUGGGUCUUUGAGCACGUCAGCAAGCUACGGCAUCUCAGACUGGCCGACAACGCCCUGUCCUCCCUACAACACGGCAGCUUCAGCGGUCUGGGUGACCUCAAGAUGCUGGACCUGGCUCACAACAUCAUCAGACGGGUGGACACGCACGCCUUCAGUGGACUGCUCAACCUAGAGGUGCUAAGGCUGGACGAGAACGACCUGUACCAGCUGAAGCGUGAGUGGUUCCUGUCCUUGACCUCCCUCCAGCGGCUGCACGCGGGCAAGAACCUGGUGGCGUGGCUGGAGAACGACACCUUCAACAAGCUCAGCCGUCUGCAGCAUCUGGACCUGUCCGACAACUCUCUCCGUGACAUCCCGGACAACUCCCUCAACGGCUUGCACAGCCUCAGACUCCUCAACCUGUCCGGGAACUCCAACCUCCGGGAAGUUCCGAGUAAAGCCCUCCGCGCCGUGUCUGGUAUCAACAUCCUGUUGCUGGACGGCACGUCCAUAGAGAGACUCGCCUCGUUUAGUUUCUCCUCCCUGGGGGUCGGGGAGAUCUCACUCAGCUUCAUGCCCAGGCUGAAAGUGGUCGAGAGGUCAGCGUUCCACAACCUGACCAACCUCAGGACGUUGCAGCUCCACGACAACCCCCGCCUCAUCUACAUCCACCCCUCGGCGUUCACGUCGCUCCCCCUGCUGCGUCACCUCCUCCUCCACAACAACGGUCUGGUGGCCGUCCCCGGGCAGAUCGUCCAGUCCCUGCCGUCGCUGGUCGACCUCCACCUCCACCACAACCCGCUGCUCUGCGACUGCAACGUCUACUGGCUGCGGCAGGAGCUGAGCCUGGAGCACCACUACCAGCCUAGAGGCAGCAUAUCAUCCACAGACCACAUAUCCACUGACCACAUACCAUCCACAGACCACAUAUCCACUGACCACAUACCAUCCACUGACCACAUAUCAUCUACAGGCUUCCCUUCAUCAUCCACAGACUUCGCCGUACCAUCCACAAGCACCAUGACGAUAGAGAUCGUCCCAAACAGAACUUACAUCAGCGAGCCCGGUCGGGUUUCCUGUUUCUUCCCGGCAGGAAACUCCAGCCUGCCUCUCAUCCAGCUACCUAUGCAGUACUUCUCCCCCACCUGCCCGCCCACCACCCUCCCUCUGUAUCCGCCAUCCAUCAACGCCAGCGUGGGCGAUGAACUCAGGCUGGAGUGCCACGGCCUGGGCGUGCCGACCCCCAGCAUCUCCUGGCACCUCCCCGGGGGUCGCCAGCUCAACUCCUCAUACACCCCCACCAAAGACGACUCCAUCAAACCACCGGAUCUACUAGACGAGAACACCCUGUACAUAAAAUCCCUCACCCUCACCGACAGCGGCACGUACAUCUGCCGGGCCGUCAACUCGCUCAACGAGGACGUCACCGCCACCACAGUUCGUGUGCUCAACAAACCCCUCACCAUCUCCGACGCCAAAGUCGGCAACGACUACAUCACCCUGUCCUGGAAGGGUUCCAUCCCGCGCAACCAAAUGUCGGACUUCCAGCUUUUUUACAAAGAACUCUUCUCCAUACCCAACCCCACCGAAACAACGGACACUGAGGUCAAUACUGCCGAGGAGCCUAAACCGGACCAAUCCACCCUCAACGGGUUCGACGUCGUCUCGCUUCACGCCUCCGUGCACAAAUGCACCAUCACGGGUCUCAAACCGCUGACGACCUACCAGGUGUGUUUGGUAUACAAAGCGGUGCACACCAUCCAGUGCAACAACUACACCACCACGCAGGACGUGCAGGUGGUGCGCGCAGACGGAAUCGUCCGCGUCAGCAAGACGCAGGUGGGGGCGGGGGUGGCCUCGGUGUUCGGGGUGCUGCUACUGGUGGCGGUGGUGCUGGUCGUGCGGAAGGUCCGGCACCGCAAGGAUUACCUGGACCCGCUGGCCGAGGAGGAGAAGACGAACAUUCCCUUGGAGGCGCUGCCGCCCGCCGCGCCCAGCACCCCCUUGACAUCCUCAAGGACGGCGUUGUUGACAAACUCUCAGAUUUGAAGUGUUUAAAAAAACCAAGCGAACGGCUAAAACAAAACUACGAUCUCUAGAACGAUCCCCAGAAAACCUGAAUUUCUUAAAAUCGGGCGAAGUAUGAUAAAAUCUACAAAAAGGGGAGAUCACUAUAAAAGAUUUUUUCUUUAAAGAUUACAUUAUUCCAACAAUGAUAGGACCGGUGUUUUAUAUGCAUCACAUCCAUUGCUGAACGAUUUGUAAAUAAGAAUCCCCCCACCCCCCCCCC